CUGCAUUUGAACAAUGGAGUCCGACCUAGAGUUCGGCAAGGCCCUCGUCCGGCAACUGCUGGCAGAUGAGCCCUGCCAAGGUGAGACGGGAGCGCCGUCCGCGCGCGCGAUCCAGAACAAGGUCGAGUUGGCGUCUUCAGCGACGGCAGUAUGCUAUAGCCUCGAGCUCAUGGACGGCAGCACCAUUCCUUUCCGACUGGGCGUGUCUGCUUCCUAUGGCAUGGUUCUGAAAGCCAUUCAAACUGAGAUGACGACAAAGUUAGGAAAUCGACGUAUUUCAUGGAAACAUUUGUGGCGACGGCACGAUUUACAAUGUGAUGGAGCUUUCGUGGAUGUCCCUCGCGGGUCACAGCGUCCCUUUACUGAGUACCUUCCACCCCGUCAAAAUCACUCCCAGCCGUUGGUUCUCCGCAUCGUGCGAACUCGCGGCAAGAACAAAUGACUCAGCCUAGUGACGACCACUUUUGUUCAAUCGCUCACGGCGGCAAUGAUAGCAGCAUCGUGGACAAGCACGUCGAUUAUGUCGUAUGCCAUUUGCCUUGGCAAAGAACCAUUCGUGGCCUGCAGUACAUAGAUGCUUUAGCAGAGCCAUGGGGGAUGCAAACUUGAACUACCGGUAGUCUUCUCGU